AUGAACGCGCUGCCUAGCGCCGCGCGCCAGCAGCGGGAGAAAGCCGCGCAGGUGAGGCGCUCGCAGCAGCAGCUGUCAGAGGCAGAGGAGAACUGGCAGGCGCAGGUGCGCGCAGUGCAGAGCGCCGUGCUCGCGGAGGAGCGGCAUCUGGCGAAGCUACUGGCGCGUCGGGAGUCGGCCAGCCUGGCCUCCAUGGAGACCCAGCGUGUGCGGUCGGAUCUGGCCAGUGCCCUGGCCAACGCUCGCCUCGAGCAUGGCCGCCUGCAGGCGGGCUCCCUAGGCUGUGGCUCCUGUUUUUGA